CUAAGGUAAAGCAACACGGUAGAGGUGGAAGAUCUCUUGUCCGACGAGUUCACGGCCAGAGCAGAACUUACCUGUUGAUUGAACAACUACCUACAAACUGCAAUGUGAAACAAAACUGAAAUGCGCCGCUUAAUCCCAUGAACUCUAUUAUGCUGCCAGGGCCUUUGCGAAGAUGUAAACGCAUAUAUCCUGUGAUUUUGUUCUUCGUGUCUAUUGUGAUAAUAAUUCUGUACAGACUAAACCAACUGAACAAAAAUGCGCAAAUUCACCCCAAACACAUCUACAGGUCAAACAACCAAGAAGAGUACGUCGAUAAGAACGGCAUACGAGUCGUGGUUGGCCACUAUGUGGGUAACCCCAUUCACAAAAUCCCCAACGCUACCUACGACAUGAUAAACACAAACAACUUCGACCCCCGACCAGGAGCCGGCAAAAAUGGUAACCCGGUGGUUAUUGAACCCAAAGAUCUACUAAAAAUGCAGCAGUACUUUCAAAUUAAUCGCUUUAAUUUGCUGGCGAGUGACAGAAUUCCGCUCAAUAGGAGUCUGCCGGACUUUCGUCGAAAAAAGUGUACCACUCUGUUCGAGGAUUAUCCUUCGUAUCCCAAAACUAGUAUUAUCGUUGUUUUUCACAAUGAGGCGUGGUCCACUUUGCUCAGGACAGUGUGGAGUGUCAUCAAUAGAUCGCCACCGGAACUACUUGAAGAGAUUAUCCUGGUUGAUGAUGCUAGCGAAAGAGAAUUCCUGCGGAAACCUCUCGAAGACUACAUCUCCACUCUCCCCGUACCCACGAAAAUCCUCCGCAGCAAAACCCGCAUCGGCCUCAUCAAAGCAAGACUGAAAGGAGCCCUGGUAGCCAAAGGUCCCGUUCUAACCUUCCUGGACGCCCACUGCGAGUGCACCACCGGCUGGUUAGAAGCCCUUCUAUCUGUGAUAAAGAGCGACCGAACCGCAGUCGUCUGCCCAGUCAUAGACAUAAUCAACGACGACUCUUUCGCUUACGUCAAAAGCUUUGAACUCCACUGGGGUGCCUUCAACUGGAACCUCCAGUUCCGAUGGUAUACCCUCGGAGGACGCGAACUCAAACAGAGAAAAGUCGACGCUACGCAACCUUUCAAUACUCCAACUAUGGCAGGAGGAUUAUUCGCCAUCGAUAGACAGUACUUCUUCGAAAUGGGUGCCUACGACGACGGGAUGAACAUAUGGGGAGGGGAGAAUCUGGAGAUGUCUUUUAGGAUAUGGCAGUGCGGGGGGAAGGUUCAGAUAGCGCCGUGUUCCAGAGUGGGACACUUGUUUAGGAAGUCGUCACCUUAUUCGUUUCCGGGGGGUAUUAACAAGACGCUCUUUUCGAAUUUGGCUAGAGUAGCUUUGGUGUGGAUGGACGAGUGGGCGAAGUUUUACUUCAAGUUUAACGAACCAGCUGGGAAAAUUAAAGAAGAGCAGAAUGUCACGUCGAGGUUAGAGUUGAGGAAGAAACAUCAGUGUAAGGGGUUCGAGUGGUACUUGGACAACGUCUGGCCGCAGCACUUUUUCCCAAAAGACGAUCGAUUCUUCGGGAGGAUUCGGAAUUUAGGAGAGAACAAGUGCUUGAUUAAGCCACAGAAGAAGGUGGUGAGUAACCAACCCAUGGGCAUUGCCAAGCUGGAGACUUGUCUUGGGGAUGAUCUCACUUUGGAGAUGUUUGUGAUGACUCCGGAUGGUUUCGUCAUGACUGACGACUCCAUUUGUUUAGACGCUCCCGAGAAAGUGGUGCUGGGGCCUUCGAAAGUACGAAUAAUGGCGUGCAGUGGAUACAAUAGACAGAAGUGGAUUUAUGAUGCCGAGACGCAAGAAAUCCUCCACUUGACCAACCGCAAGUGCUUGGACAUUUCGGAUUCCGCGACUUUCACCGAUGGCUUGGUCACCACCAACUGCACAGGACGCAGAACACAGAAAUGGGCCUUAGAGAGGGUAGCUUGGAAAUAACUUGUAUCUGUUUUAAUAAAUUUUUACAUUUUUA